AUGAGAGUAUUGGAAAAAAGACAGCUUCAAAAGUGGGUAUGCUUAGCCUAUAAACACACAAACGAGAACUCUCUAGAUGCUCCACUUUUCCAACUGCUCCUUUCUUCUUCAAUACAACUAGAAUCUUUCCUUUUCAUUGUCAAAAAACACGAGCAAAUAGUGAUAAAACAAAGAGAAUCCCAUAAACUCCAUAUCUUCUUCUUAAACACCUUCUUCUUCUCUUCAUUUAAGCUCGUGUUGAUCCGAAGAUAUGAGCGAUCCCAAAUAUGCCUAUCCGUACCCACCUCCUCCAGGAGGGUAUUAUCAAGGACCGCCCGUGAUGGCACCGCCGCAAUACGCUGCACCGCCACCGAGAAGACAACCGGGGUUCUUAGAAGGAUGCCUUGCAGCUCUGUGCUGCUGCUGCCUCCUUGAUGAGUGCUGCUGUGAUCCUUCCAUACUCCUUGUUACUUGAUAUGAGCUUUGCUUGCCUAAUUUGUAGCUGUGAAUUGGGUUCUUUUCUUUUAUUUUGCCUUCUUUAGGAGUGUGUUUGAGUUUGUAUAAGCUUUGGAAAUAAUAUUGUUGAUUGGUGUCUAGAACAAAGCUUUGUCUUGAUGUAAAGUGUAGAGUUUAAUUACGAAAGUCGUGAAAUUUGUCGAUCA